AUGGACGGCCUCAUCCGAAAGACAAUUGACUCGAGGAUCAUGAUUGAUGCCCAACAAUUUCGGAAGAGCAUCCCCAAUUAUCCGCGGUUCUUCACCAAAAAGUCCGACUUCGAGGUGGACCACACGCUUCUAGACAGCUUUAUAGAUGUCAAAUCUACUAUCUUGAGAGAUAUCCUACGAGAUGUCCUCGAUGGGGCCACCAGUGUCAGCUUGCGGGAAGACAGACCAUCGAUCAACCCGGAUGUUUUGUUCACGUAUCACACCCAACUUGAUGCGGUCCAUGCGACUACAAAACCAGGAUCUCCUGAGAGGCUCCACCUCGGUAAAUUGAUUGAAUUCCUGAAGUCUCACUACGCCUCGGCAAGCGACAAGCUCACUGCUCUCGUUCAACACAUGGAGAUUACAUUCGAUCUGCUGCCCGUCUUUUUCCAGCCAAACUCCAUCGUUUACAUGGUUUCUUCCACUUCUGAAAACCCAAGAUGUCCCCUUUUCGAUGCUAGAAAAUUCCAGAUCGAGCACGGCCAGAAGCGUUUCGACAUGAACUGUCGAUAUCUUACCCAUGAUGGAAAAUGUUUUGGUGAAGCAACAACUAUGGCCGAAAUUUCCGAGUUUCACGGUGUCACGAAGAUAACUUCAUCAGGAGUCUAUCCUCUUGACUAUCACCCAGAGAAGCAAGAGGUCGUUGACUAG